CAUAAAUUACCAAAAUAAUUAGAACUCGGUGUAGUGUUAUUUAAUGUUUAUUUUAAAUUUUUAAGAAAAAUGUAAAGAUUUAUUUUUAAUCAAAUAUGUAAACGCCCUGAUUUACAUUUUAAAUCUGUAAUGUAUCUAUUAAUGUUUCUUGAUUUUAUCCCUAUUAAAACGUUACUUUAGUUAUUUAACUGUAAGUAAAUAUUUUAUUUAAAAUUGUUAAGAAUUUUUCAUAGUAUAUACAAUAGUUUAUAUUAUAUUAAUGGAUUUAAAAAGUAUAUUAAACACAUUUCCUUCAAAAUACUUUGUUUAUUGCUUUGCAUAUGGAUCCGGUGUGUUUCAACAAGCCGGUCGUACAGAUCGAGCAAUGGUGGACUUGAUAUUUGUUGUGAACAAUACAUAUGAUUUUCAUCGCAACAAUUUAAUAGUCAAUCCAGAUCAUUAUUCAGCACUUCGUUGGCUUGGAGCAUCUGUCAUAUCAAGUAUUCAAACUUCAUUUGGCGCUAAUGUGUAUUUCAAUACGCAUGUCAGAGUCGGUGAUUUAAAAUUCAAGUACGGUGUAAUAGAUGUGAACGAUUUUUGUCAGGAUUUGCAAUCGUGGUGCACUCUUUAUAUUGCUGGCCGACUUCAUAAACCUGUACUAACGUUACACGAUGUAGGACUAAGUGACUUGGUCAUGUGUAAUCUAAAAAGUGCAGUGCAUGCUGCAUUACUACAGUUACCCGACAAGUUUUCAGAGCAAGACCUGUACACUACAAUAUCGGGUCUAUCAUAUCGAGGAGAUUUCCGUAUGAUCAUUGGUGAAGACAAAAACAAAGUCGCAAACAUUGUUCAGCCCCAAAUGGAGCAGUUUAGAAUGCUUUACACACCAGUUUUUACAUUAAUGAGUGACAGGCUGCUUUUUAUAAAUUCAUUUGUAGAGCAAGACAAGAGUGUAGAAAGUAAAUUUUAUCAUUUACAAAGGUUACCAAAAAAUGUGAAGAAUUUUUUACUUAGGUCUUACAAUAAGAAAUGUGACAAUGAGAAUAGUGUGUUACAAGGACUAGCAAAGCAAGAUGAUGUUGGUAAAAUUGUAAGCAAUAGUAUUUAUAGAAUAGUAUUUUUUUCGAGUCUUGUACAAAGUAUUAAAGGAAUACCAACAGCUGGUCUACUAAAAUCUGUUGUUUAUAGUUAUAAUAAGUUAAAUAAAAUGGUGAAAUCUAUGUUCUUAUAAUACAAGUUAAGACAAUUAUUUUAAUUUAUUAUAGUUACCGUUUUUGGUAUAGUGAUAGGGCUAUUAUAUUAUUGUAUUAAGUAGUUAAAAUGACAUGAAACAUAAAUACAGAUGAAUGUUUU